UUAUAGUGGUUGACUUUGAACUGGCCCAACUAUGGUCAUGCUUAUGGGAAGCCACUAUGUGGUACUAUUGCUCCUACUCUAGAGGCCUGAUACAAAGGACACCAGCUGAGUUGUAGUGCAGUUACGACUGUAAUAAACUCAAUGGAAGUCUGCGUAACGCAGUGUUUGUUAGCCGUCAGUCAGUCGAGCCGAUAUGGCGACCAGGAAGAAUCUGCGUUUUAGAGCCGCUUCUCCUUUCUGAAACUUUAAAAUGCUUCAAGUCAGCGCAGUUGGAUCGUAAAGGAACGCAUUUCGGUCAACACACUGUUGGAAAAUAUACACGUGGACAAAUCGGAAGGAAAAAGGGUGUGUGAGGGUAGUAGAGAGGCUGAUUCUGCUGACUGAGGCGCCAUGGUGGAGCCAGGGGACAGGGAGGUGGCUGGCCAGAGGCUGGGGAUCCCAGAGAGUUUAGGGGUGUCUACCCUGGAACCAGGUCAGCGACCCCCAACCACGCCCCCAGGACGACAGGUCUCUAUCCGGGUACAGCUGCUGGACGACGUCACCGAGGUCUUCAACAUAUCACAACGAGCCCCAGCCAAGGCUCUGUUUGACCUGGUGUGUGUCCAUCUGAACCUGGCUGAAAGAGACUACUUCGGUCUCCAGUACCAGAACCCCAGGAGGAUGAUGGUCUGGUUGGACCUGCUGAAGCCCACCCUGAAACAGAUCAGACGACCUAAGAACACCAUCCUUCGUUUUGUGGUGAAGUUCUUCCCUCCUGACCACACACAGCUGCUGGAGGAGCUGACACGGUACCUGUUUGCUCUCCAGAUAAAGCAUGAUCUGGCGUGUGGACGUCUGACCUGCAACGACACCAGUGCUGCCCUGCUGGUCUCUCAUAUCGUCCAGUCUGAGAUCGGGGACUUUGACGAGGUCCAGAGUUUUCAGCACCUUCUUCACAACAAGUACAUGCCUAACCAGGACGCUCUGAUGGACAAGAUCACAGAGUACCACCACAAGCACGUAGGACAGACACCAGCGGAGUCAGACUAUCAGCUACUGGAGAUCGCCCGGCGGUUGGAGAUGUACGGAGUCAGGCUCCACCCUGCUAAGGACCGAGAGGGGACCAAGCUCAGUCUGGCUGUGUCUCAUAUUGGACUGCUGGUGUUUCAGGGACACACUAAGAUCAAUGCUUUUAACUGGUCUAAAGUCCGCAAGCUCAGCUUCAAGAGGAAACGUUUUCUCAUCAAACUCAGACCAGACCUCAAUCAGAGUGCAUACCAGGACACUCUGGAGUUUGUGAUGGCCAGUAGAGACUGCUGUAAGAUCUUCUGGAAAAUAUGUGUGGAGUACCACGCCUUCUUCAGACUGUUUGAGGAACCCAAACCCAAAGCCAAAGCUGUUCUCUUCACCAGAGGGUCCUCCUUCAGGUUUAGCGGUCGGACACAGAAGCAGGUUUUCGAUUACGUCAAGGACUCAGAGUUCCAAAAGGUCCCUUUUGAAAGGAAACACAGUAAGAAGGUGUCCGGCAGCAGCCUGACACCCCAGGAUAGAAAGACAUCCACAGUGCCACAAGAGAGUGUCUCAGUGAACCAGACAGACUCUCCUCUCAGGUUGACCCUCCAGGCCCCGGUGGACGACCCUACAGUGACCAACGGCCACCAGGCUGGACCAGGGGGACCAGAGGCCCAGGCCCUACCCUCCACCACGGGACACCCAGAGCAGCAGAUCUCAGGUCCAGUCCGGCAGGCAUCUGAAGGCAGCAGCUCUUCUAUCUCCUACAUCCACUGUUCUGGUGUGAUCUCAGGCAGCCCUCCAGUGGUGGUGAACGGGCAGAAAGCCUUUCCCUUCGGCCCGGGUCAGAGCUCCAACGGGCACCAGCCCUCGCCCAUCAACGCCCAUUCCUCCCCCCUCUCAUCCCCCCUGUUCACUGACGCUGGCUACGUCCGCACGGAUGACGAGGACGAGGUUCGGAGGAAGAAGUGUCCGACUGACAAGGCCUACUUCAUCGCCAAGGAGCUUCUCACCACAGAGAGAACCUUUCAGAAGGACCUGGCAGUUAUAACCGUGUGGUUCCAGGCUGUGCUGGGUAAAGAGGACAUCCUGCCAGACUCAGUGAGGACUCUGAUCAACACCAACUAUGAUCCAGUCUAUCAGUUACACCAGGCCUUCCUCAAGGAGGUGGAGCAGAGGCUGCAGCAAUGGGAGGGCCGGUCCAACGCCCACAUUAAAGGAGACUACCAGCGUGUCGGUGACGUCAUGCUGAAGAACAUUCAGGGGUUAAAGCAGUUGACGUCCCUCCUGCAGCGUCACGGUGAGGUGUUGGUUGAGUUGGAGCGUUCGUGCCGUGCCUCCCAGCGGCUGCAGGAGUUGUGUCGAGAGUUUGAGCAGCAGAAGGUGUGUUACCUGUCCCUGAACAUGUUCCUGCUACGCCCCCUGCAUCGUCUGCUGCACUACAAACUGAUUCUGGAGAGACUCUGCAAACACUACCCCCCCACACACCAAGACUUCAGAGACAGCAGAGCUGCCCUAGCUGAUAUAUCAGAGAUGGUGCUGCAGCUUCAGGGAACCAUGAUGAAGAUGGAGAACAUCCAGAAGCUUCUAGAACUGAAGAAAGAUCUGACAGGCAUCCAGGACCUGGCUAUACCUGGCAGGGAGUUUAUCAGACUGGGCUGUCUCAGUAAGCUCUCAGGGAAAGGACUACAGCAAAGAAUGUUCUUCCUGUUCAGUGAUUCCCUGGUGUACACCAGCAGAGGUAUGACAGCAGACAACCAGUUCAAAGUUCACGGCCAGCUGCCUCUCUACGGCAUGACAAUCAGGGAGAGUGAGGAUGAGUGGGGAGUUCCUCAUUCCUUCACUCUGUUUGGUCAGCGCCAGUCUGUCGUCGUGGCAGCAAGCUGUGUAUCAGAGAUGGUGAAAUGGAUGGAGGACAUCAGGAUGGCUGUAGUCCUGGUAGAGCAGAGUAACAGACCUUCUACUGAUCUACUGUCCACCAGUCGAUCAGACCGCAAGUCUCCAGAAGAGGGAGGUGUGGAGGCUGAGUCAGAGGAGGAGCUGAGUGCGUCUCGUAGCUCAUUGGAGCGUCAGUCAGCACAGAGAGGAAACACGACGGUUCAUGUCUGCUGGCACCGCAACACCUCUGUGUCCAUGGUGGACUUUAGUGUGGCUGUGGAGAACCAGUUAUCAGGUAACCUGCUGAGGAAGUUUAAGAACAGUAAUGGAUGGCAGAAACUCUGGGUGGUCUUCACCAACUUCAGCCUGUUCUUCUACAAGUCACAUCAGGAUGACUACCCUCUGGCCAGCCUCCCGUUGCUAGGCUACUCAUUGACGGUUCCCGCGGAGACAGAGAACAUCCAGAAGGACUAUGUUUUCAAGCUCCACUUCAAGUCUCAUGUGUACUACUUCAGAUCAGAGAGCCAGUACACCUUCCAGAGGUGGAUGGAGGUGAUCCGUAGUGCUACCUGUUAAGCUAGUCGACCCCUCCUGAGCCAGAGGAAGGAUCCUUACUGACCACGGAGCCAGUGAGGACUAGGAGGACACUGACCAACCCUCUUCUAGACGGCUCCUUCCUGUCCUUUAGGCCUCUUCUAGACGGCUCCUUCCUGUCCUUUAGCCUCUUCUAGACGGCUCCUUCCUGCCCUUUAGGCCUCUUCUAGACGGCUCCUUCCUGCCCUUUAGGCCUCUUCUAGACGGCUCCUUCCUGCCCUUUAGGCCUCUUCUAGACGGCUCCUUCCUGCCCUUUAGGCCUCUUCUAGACGGCUCCUUCCUGCCCUUUAGGCCUCUUCUAGACGACUCCUUCCUGCCCUUUAGGCCUCUUCUAGACGACUCCUUCCUGCCCUUUAGGCCUCUUCUAGACGACUCCUUCCUGUCCUUUAGGCCUCUUCUAGACGGCUCCUUCCUGCCCUUUAGGCCUCUUCUAGACAACUCCUUCCCGUCCUUUAGGUCUCUUCUUUCACCCUGCCCUCUUCACCUCUGGAGUACCGGCUCACUUUACUCCAGGUUACUUUACUAACCACCUGUCUGUAUUGUCACGACGUGGCCCUUUUGGGUGUAUAUCCUCCUUCUCUCUCUCCCACCACAGGUGUUAUUACCUCGGCCAUACCUUCCUGUCUGAAAACUCUCCUCACUGCCAUGCAGUAUUGAGGGAGAGAGAACAAAGUGCUUCUCUUGCCAAAACUCCUAAUAUCCAAAAUUGGAGUAUUAAACGAUAUUUAUAUUUUUGAGAAUGUGGGAAUAGUCCGUGGGUACCUAAAGAACAAUCAUGUCGCGUUUGGUUCAUUUGGUGACCUCAUGAAAGACAGGAGACCCACAUGACUGUAUCUCUGUUUGUGUUUUCACUUCUCAGAUGUACAUCCAAAUGUUGGAUAAAAUGAAUGAGUAAUUCUGAAACUAUUUGUGAAAAGAUUUAAUGUGAUGUUAGCCUUCUAAAUGAGAGUAUUGAUUAACUAGUCAGUGGCCAUGCCCCCAUGAGGCCAGACAUCAGGCAUCAUGAAAUCGCCCCUUCUUCCAUAGAGUAUAAACCACUUCCUAUAAAAUGGACAUUGUCAGAGAACGCCCGGACGGAGUCCCCACGUUGAAAUGGCUACAACUCUAUAGGCCCUUACAUCAGAAAACAGGAAGGGGUAGCUACAUGUGAAAUGGUUAAGAACUACAACUCUAUAGGCCGAGGAGACCAGACAGCGUGUAGCGUUGGCUUCACGGCUAGAAAUGAUUCAACUCUAAUAAAGCAUUUCCACAGAAGGAACACGUUAGACAAGAUCUCUUCAGUCUGCAGCUGGAAAUGUGCGUAACCUAGGACGAAGAAUACAGCAGACAACAUCUAUUCUAUGCGACAACAUGGACGCCUGACGUAUCCAUUAGGAACGCAACCAGAGACUUUUCUGUCGACUCUCUCCAGCAGAUGGACCGGCCGACUACAGGGUUGGAGGGAAAACCUACAGGAGGGUCUCUCUCCAGCAGACGGACCGGCCCGACCACAGGGUUGGAGGGAAAACCUACAGGAGGGUCUCUCUCCAGCAGACGGACCGGCCAAGUACAGGAGGGUCUCUCUCCAGCAGACGGACCGGCCGUCUACAGGGUUGGAGGGAAAACCUACAGGAGGGUCUCUCUCCAGCAGAUGGACCGGCCGACCACAGAGAGAGACAACAAGACAUACACUCGGAAAUAUAUGUAAAUUACAAUUUAUUUUCGAAUGAGCGGUUGUUCAUAUUCAAAGUACUAGCGACUUCUAUGAGUGUAUUUAUCAGCUAUGAGUCUCCCGCUCUCGAGUGGUCCCCACCCCUUUCCUUUGUUUACCAAGCUGUCAAAUAGGGACUUUUCCUUCUGUCAUGCUUAGUACCCAAUGUAUAACUAAAUGAUGUGUGUGUUGAUGUAA